AUGACUAUCUCCGAGAUCCCAAAGACGCAAAAGGCCGUCAUCUACGACCAGCCUGGGACUAUUUCGACCAAAAUCGUGGAUAUCGAUGUGCCAGAGCCUAGUGCCGGCGAGGUUUUGAUUAACCUAACACACUCCGGCGUGUGUCACUCUGAUCUCGGUAUCAUGACCAACACAUGGAGCAUGCUCCCCUACCCAACGCAGCCGGGCCAAGUCGGCGGCCACGAAGGCGUCGGUAAAGUAGUGAAGCUCGGCCCCGGCACCGAGUCCUCAACCCUAAAGGUCGGCGACCGCGUCGGCAUCAAAUGGGUCUCCAGCGCAUGCGGGAAUUGCCUACCCUGCCAGGCCGGCUCCGACGGUGUCUGCUUCAACUCCAAAGUCUCCGGCUACUACACUCCAGGCACAUUCCAACAAUACGCCCUCGGCCCGGCAAACUACCGCAGCAACGCCCGCCCCGGUCAAUGGGUCGUCAUUUCCGGUGCCGGCGGCGGCCUCGGCCAUCUCGCCGUGCAGCUAGCAUCCCGCGGCAUGGGGUUGCGCGUAAUCGGCAUCGACCACGGCAGCAAAGAGGGAAUCGCCAAAGAGUCAGGCGCGGAACAUUUCGUUGAUAUCACAGCCUUCCCGAAGGACGAUAAAGGCGCCGCGUUGACGAAGCACGUGCAAGAUCUGACGGAUGGACUGGGUGCGCAUGCGGUGCUUGUCUGCACGGCUGCGAAUGGGGCUUAUGCGCAGGCUGUGCCGUUGCUGCGGUUUAAUGGCACGCUGGUUUGUGUGGGCGUUCCGGAACAUGAGCCGCAGGCUAUUGCGUCGGCGUUCCCGUCUGCGAUGAUCAGUAAGCAAUUGAAUAUUACGGGUUCUGCGGUGGGAAAUCGGACGGAGGCGAUUGAGACGAUGGAGUUUGCUGCUAGGGGCAUUAUUAAGGCGCACUUUAGGACGGAGAAGAUGGAUGCGUUGACCGAGGUGUUUAAGGAGAUGGAGGAGGGGAAGUUGCAGGGUCGGGUUGUACUUGAUCUUUCGUAG